GAAUGACGUCACCAUUUCAACUCGAGUAACACUCAGAGUGAGCUAGCUUCCGAGCAAAGCGAUAGGCACUUGAAUAGUCCAACUUUUAAUGUAUUCAGCCUGAACCUAGCCAGCAUAGCCUAUCUAGGCGGGCUAUUUGUUCACACUAGCUAUUCCUUUUCUGUUUGUCGAUUCUAUUUUAAUAUAUUUCUACCGACUGACAAUUUAGUCAACUCUGUAGGCUGUCGAACAGAAUAUUACUGAGUCCCAACUUUUAAAGGAGGCUCACCUGGACAAGUGGGAAACUGUAUGGACCAGGCCUAAGAUGAAGAGCUUUAAAGCAAAGUUUAGGAAGAGCGAUGCCCAUGAAUGGAGCAAAAAUGAUGAGCGACUCAUGGCAGCUGUGGAACAUGGGGAGGUAGAGAAGGUGGCCUCCCUCCUCACCAAGAAAGGAGCCAGCGCGUUCAAACUGGACAGUGAGGGCAAGUCAGCUCUCCAUGUGGCUGCCACCCGUGGUCAAACUGAAUGUCUGGCAGUCAUGCUGGCCCAUGGAGCGGACACAUCUGUCAUAGACGCCUCAGGUUUUAGUGCUUUACACCUAGCUACCAAAAACAACCAUCAGGAGUGUGCCAAAAAGCUUAUACAGAGUAAAUGUGUGUUGGAUGCUCUGGACUGCUCAGGGAAGACAGCCCUUCACUACGCAGCUGCCAGUGGAAACAUUGUGAUUGUCCAAACCUUAUGUGAGCGCAAGUGUCCGGUGAACGUCAGAGACAUGGAUGGCCUCAGCCCCCUGCUGCUGUCCGCCAGACACGCCCACGCUGAUGUUUGUAGCAGCCUCCUGGACUGGGGAGCUGACGUCAACGCGUGUGAUAAGAACGGCAGGACAGCAGUGAUGCUGGCCAGUGAGAGCAGCAGUAUGUCUGUAGUGGAGGUUCUGGUCCAGAGAGGAGCUGCUCUUCAGGCUGUGGACUCUUUGGGUCAUGACGUUCUGCACUACGCCAAGCUGUCUGGCAGCAGUGAGAUCAGGGCCGUCCUCACUGCCGAGUUGCACAGUGCACACUCAGACAGCGACACCCCAAAGUCCCCCAAAACUCCUCAGCAUGAUCAAGUGGCUAGGUUAGGUGGCGAUCGAAGCACAACUCCCAAAAAAAGAAAAGCACCUCCACCUCCCAUUAGCCCUGUGCAGAUGUCUAGUCCCAACUCUCCCGCGUACAUGACCCCAAAUGAAACUCCAGUCUCCAGUAAAAGUUGUGGAUUUAAAAUAUUUAAUUAUAAGGAAGAGGAGUUGCACGGCGUGUCUCAGAGGGAGGAGGUGGAGAAGCUACACGAGGAGAAGUGCAUGCUGCUGGAGACCAUUGAGAAUCUGAAGCAGAUUGUGGACCAGACUGUGACUAUAAGCCAGACUGAGACGGAGCUGGGGCCGGAGCCCAAGGCAGAGGACUGUGGGAAGGCAGACUCAGCUCUGGUAGUGGCCCUACACGCCAAGAUUACAGCUCUGUCUCUGGAGAACCAGCAGUUAGCCCAAAUACUCAAGAAGCGUCCGUCUCCCCAGGGAGGUGAGGUUGGCCAAGAGGACUCGUCCUGCCCCAACAGUAUGAACUCUAAUGCCUCCUACCACAUCACCCACAAGUCCCCCAGCGAGCCCCAACUCCAGCCCCAGGGGACAGAGGAGGAGGACAUGUCUGAGGGGUCUGCCCUGGAGCUCAGCAGCUCCUCCCUGAGACAAGAGGAGGAAGAGGGUGGGGAGCGGGGGAAGGAGGGAGGCGAGGAGGAGAUCCGACUGCUGAGGGAGACCCUAGGGAGAGUCCACUCCAAACUGCAGGAGACGCGGAAGGAGAACCGCACGCUCCAUGCCAGGCUCAAACCUGAGCAGGGGGACGUGACAGGGAGGGAAGGGGAGGUGCUGCUGGAGAGUCUAGCAGAGCUCCAGGCCAAGCUGACGGAGACACAGGAGAAACACCAGCAGGCCAGAGAGGAGGUGCUGGCCCUCAUGGCACAUAUUGAAAGAGGAGGUGGUGGAGGAAGUGAAACAACAGAGCAGGAGCUCCAGAGACUGAGAAGCUCUCUGGAGCAGGAAGUGAAAGAGCUGAGGUCCCAGCUGGCCCAGUCAGAGCAGCAGAGGGAGAGAGAUGUAGGCCGGAUCAAGGAGCAGGAGGCCAGGCUGAAGGCAGCAGACGACAGCGGUGAUCGGGAGAAGAGCCUGCUGGUGGACCGGUACAAGGAGGCGCAGGAGGAGAUCAGGAUGCUGCAGGAGGCUCUGAGGGGGACGGUCCCCGUGGAGGCUGCAGCUAAAGACUUUGAGGAGAUGAAAGGCGAGCUGGGGAGCGUGAUCGAUGGGCUGCAGCGCCGCCUGCUGGAACUAUCCAAGUCCUACAGUGAGGCCAAGAGUGAACUGAGCUCCACCAGGAACCAGCUGGAGGAGAUCCGGGCUGUCAAUUCUAAGCCUGGCAGCCCUGUAGCCUCCCCAGACAAGGAGAAGGCCAUGCUGAGAAGCAGAGUAGAGGAGCUGCAGGCAUCGCUAGCCGACACACAGAGCAAGUACUCGGCCUCUCUGGGGGAGAUUGCCCUCCUGAAGCAGGAGGCUGAGGCUCAGGAGACAGUGGCGUUAUCUGACCACACCCAGAUGGUGUCCUCUCUGGGCAGCGCCAUCAAAGACUUGGAGGCCCAGGCAGAUGCUCUAAGACAACAGCUGUCCCAGAGGACCCUGCAGGUGGACACCCUACAGAACAGACUGACUAUGGAGAAGGACCACACACCGGACGACUCUAUAUCACGGCUGGAGCACGAGCAGAUGAGAGAGGGCCUGGAGAAGGAGGAGGGCAACCUGACGCAGCUUCUCCAGGGGGCCCUGAGGAAGCAGGAUGAGAUGGCUCUGGAGGCGGCUGCAGCGUGGCAGGAACUGAGGGAGGGGAGGAGUGAGAGGGAGGCCCUGCAGGAGCUGGCCAUCAGCAGGGAGAAGGAGAACCACACUCUGAGCACCAAGCUCAGAGAAGCCCAGGAUGCAAUCGUUCAGCUGAAGAAACUGGUGGAGGAACAUGUCAGCUCAGAGAGAGAGAAGAAUAAGAAGAUUGAUGACCUGUCGAGAGAGGUGGGGAAAUUAAAGGAUGCCUUAAACAGCCUAUCCCAGCUGUCUUACAGUGCAGGCUCAGCCAAGAGACAGCAGACCCUGCAGCAGCAGCAGCUGGACAACCUACAGCAGCAAGUCAAGCAGCUGCAGUACCAGCUAGGGGAGUCAAAGAGGCAGCACCAUGAGAUAGUGUCCGUCUACAGGAUGCAUCUCCUAUACGCCGUCCAGGGUCAGAUGGAUGAGGAUGUUCAGAAAGCCUUGAAGCAGAUUCUGAUGAUGUGCAAGAUGCCAACAGAAGCCAAAUUAAGCAUCUGAAAUGGAACAGCCUAUCUGUUUACUGACCAUGCUGGAGAGGAGACGCAAGGAAACUAUAUCCUUGGUCUCCUAACCUAUCUGAUCUAUCACACUACAGUGCACGUGUGCCCAUCAAAAGCAAAGAUAUUGAUAAAAAUUAAAAUAAAAUACAUUCUUCAUUUGUCUACAAAUGAUGUCAGAGGGGAGCUUUGAAGACUUGUUGUCAAUAGAUUCGACUGCCAUCCUACCUUUGAACUAGCAGUGUUCGUUUUGUAAUGUUUUUUAAUGUUUUUUAGUUUUCUAGUCUGGCUAACACCUAACUCGAAGUCCUCCUGAUUUCACAGUCUGAAAAGGCUAUUUUGAUGUUGUCGGCACGACCACUCACAGCCCCUGAGCGCCGUCCCUUCCAGUACAACUGUUGGAUUUUCAAAUCCAAACAACGUGAGGUCUCAACCCCCCCAGGAAAGAAGCCAUUUUUGAGAGAACCAAUCAAAGCUCAACCCAUUUCUGAGCAAAUACUGCAUUUACAACGGACUCCUCUCCGGACCAUUGUGUCACAGCUCUCUUUCGGCUGUGUACCAUGUGAGUCGGGUCAGCCAGGCUACCGGUUUUCAUGAUAUAAUAAAAAUGAUUUUUUUUUUACGUUUGCAUGCAACUUCCAAAAUCAACCAAAGAAGAACAUUGCUAAACGCUUUAGCGACAUUUCAAAUUAUAAAAGUAAUAUUUUCAAAUAUAUGCAAGCUUUUUCAAGAUACAUUUAUAAAUUAAAACAAAGUUUGGCAGUUGUAUUUUUUAACAACCCUAUUUAGUGGUUUUUGUAUGAAUUCAAUAUUGUGUGUGAUAACCUGGGCCCUUUUUAGUGUCUGCAAUCUGUGAAUGCCAAAUUUACCCAAUUGUGGGUUUUUGUCCUCAUUUACACCAUAUUCCCUUGGAGUCUUUUUAACUCAAUAUGACUUUAUGAACCGAAUUUAUUUUUAAAAUAAUGAAACCCACCUUUCGUUGCUUCAACAAUUAUACUUAUUGAGCAAUAAUCCAGUACUUGAAGGGUGAUGUGGUAUCAGAGCUCUGGGUAGUCUCUCUGAGGACAGCACAUACCCAUGUGACAAAUGCACUUUCCUCAUGCUGUCCUCCCGUUCAAACUCUAUAGUCUGCAAGAAUAUAUGGCCUCUGCAGAUUACCUGUUACACCUUUAUUUUGUGCCAGCUCUUUCUGUGUUGAAGCCUGACAGAUUUGUCUUGAUUCUUGAAGGGUUUAAAAGUUAUAUUGCAGUGUUCUUCUUCCGUCCUUUUGUAAUAUCAUUAUAGUGUAAGCUGUAGCAGGUAGUCAUAUUGUUUCUUGAUUUUUGGGGGAUGAAACAUCCAACCAUUUCAGUGUUGGUAUGGCAGCAUGUGAGGCUCUUGGGCUGUUGAGCAAGUUGCUCAGCCUCAUUCAAUCCACUACGCAUAAGUAAGAAAACUCUAAUCUCUCGAUGACAGAUGCUCGUAACAUACAGUAAAUGGUAGUAGCAUCUAUCCACAGACUGUGGGAUCUGACGACUAAUGAGAAACUUUGUACCGGUAUGCAGAUUUUUUAUCACUGAUCAUUUGGACAAAUCACGAUUUCGCAGGUGCCCACAUCUUUCAAAUUUCGGAAGGGGAGGGAAUAUUUGACCCCUAGACUUGCUCGAAACUGGCUGAGAGUUUACGUAUAGAGGGGCGAAGACUUCGCUAGCCUCAUUAGUACCUUUUCUAACACAUCUCCCCCCAAAAUUUAAACAACCAUCUGACACAAUCACUCAAGAUUUUAGUUCAGUGUGUCCUAGAUAAGUAUGGCUCCAAUGUGUCUGUGGUGCUGUUUGUUGUACUGUAUUAAGUUUAAAUCAAGUGCUGUGUGAUCUCAUUGUAGCCUGGUAAGUGUAACAACUGCACUAUUUCAGCCCUUCACUUCUACUGUUGUCCUCUACAAAUCAUGUCUUUUCAACAGCCUAGGAAAUCUGAACUCUUUUCAGUACAAGCAACUUUAUGGUUGUACAACUGCAAUGUUACAAGGAACAAUGAUGCAUCCAAUGAUAAAUAGCUGAGUAUGUUAGUGGGUUGAACACACAGGAUUGUCACAAUUACAUGGAAUGUGACAUAUCUUACACAUAGUGUACUCCCAUAGAAUGAUCACUGUGAUUGAUGUACAAUUACAUCAGAGCUGUGAUAUGCAGGAUAGCUCCAGAUAUGGAUGACAUACUGUACAUAACCCAAACCCACCAAAGUGCUGUACUUGAUGUUCGUAUCAUACAUUUCUGCUCUUAAGGCUCCUCUGAUGCUGCACUGUGAACAAUAUAAUUUUUUUUUAAACCCUGGCAGCCAGUUACCUGUAAGUUCCUGUAAAAAAAGGUACAAUAUGUUACCGUAAAUUCCAAAUAAACUUUGGUUUAACAGUACAUACUGUACUUUUUUUAAGUUUUACAAUAACGUACAGGUAACUAGCUGCCAGUAAGUUACUGUAAAAACAACAGGAUUUUUUUUUACAGCUUGUGUUUACUCAUGCAGCCCAAUUCUGCUCUUUUCUCCAAUGGAGAAAAAAAGAAAGACCAAUUAGUGGCAAAAUAUCAGUAUUGAGUUGCCUGUGUAAACGCAGCCUAAAUGGUUUAGGAUUAUGCACUACAUCUUCAUACUACUCAUUGGAAUACAUUUCGAAAAGAUUACCUUUACAAUAUCUAUGAGUACUUGAUCUUUCAGACUAAGUACACGGUAAAGACAGGAGUGAAGUUGUCCUUUUAUCGCAGGUCACUAAGGCUGUGUUUAGACAGGCAGCCCAAUUCUGAUAUUUUUUCCACUAAUUGGUCUUUGGACCAAUGACAUCAGAUCUUUUCACAUCAAAUUAUUUUCAGAGCUGAUCUGAUUGGUCCGUAGACCAAUUAGUGAAAACAAUAUCAGAAUUGGGAUGCCUAUGUAAACGCAGCCUAAGAGUUUCUCAAAUAACUCUUGUUAAUAAGGUAAAAAGAAGACUCCUCUCUCAAUGACAGAGAGGUUAAUAAGCGUUGGCUGAAUGUUUUAAAUUUAGAAAGGGAUAAGGAAGGAUACAUGUCCUUUGUGUUUCCUGUUUUCCAACUUGUUUUUGUAAUUCAAACAGAUUUUUGUGUUUGUUUGCCAAUUGCUUUUCACCCACUUAAAUAAAUUGUGAAUGCAU